AUGGAAGUCCAAGUAGACCCCAACGAGGAUACUGAAUGGAAUGACAUUCUCCGCAAGCAUGGCGUUAUCCCCGAAAAGCCCCAGGACCCUGAACCAUUGAUCCAAGAGGCCCUCGUGGAGGCCGAACGAAAAGCAUACGAGAAUAGACUCGAAGACAAAGACCUAGACGAGCUGCACGAUCUCGAAGAUGAAGAAGACGAUGAAUUCCUCGAACAAUACCGCCAAAAGCGCCUCGCCGAACUCUCUACCCUCCAAAAAACCAGCAUCUACAACCAAGUCUACCCCUUACAAAAAGUCGACUACGCCCGCGAGGUAACAGAAGCCUCCAGCAAAUCCUUCGUGCUCGUCCACCUCACAUCCACCAGCGGGAACGCCGAGUCGCGGAUCCUGUCCGACCUGUGGCGUCAACUGGCUAUGAAAUUCGGCGACAUUAAAUUCUGUGAGAUCCGCGGCGAUAUGUGCAUUGAAGGGUAUCCGGAGCGGAAUACGCCGACCAUUCUAGUAUACAAGGACGGAGAGAUUAGAAGGCAGCUUGUCACAUUACGGGAGCUCAAUGGACCCAAGACUAAGCUUGAAGACCUUGAGCGAAUGCUAGUGGACCUGGGUGCUUUGAAAGAGAGCGAUGUCCGUCUAAAGAAGCGAUCUCACUCCUUCGACGAGGAGCGUCCAUCAAACAUCAGGAAUGCGAACGUCGAAGAUUACGACGAUGAUUGGGACUAA